GGGGGGGAUGAUACUUGUUGGUAGUGGCUUCAAAACACCUUCAAGCGAACCUAACAACAUUGACUUUGAACUCCAAAAAAAGAAUCUAUUAGAGGGGGAAAUGAAAGAUAUUUUGUUCUACCACAGAAAAUUAUUUGAUUCUUGCCUUUCAAAUAAUUUCCAUGAUACACAAGAACAAUCAUUUUUUUAGGAUUUAAUGAUCUCUAAGAGCAGAUUCACCCCUUUCUUUUAUCUUUUAUAAAGGAUCUGUUGGUCCAGUCAUUUGAUUUGGUAAUAGUAAUAAAAAAAAAUAACAAAUAGAAAAGAAUAAUGGCUUGGGCUGUGUAUCUACGCCAAUCUAUGGUAUAAAAGAAGGUUCCAUCGGAACAAUUAUUUAUUUCAGGGUACCUCUCUCUUUUUUUUUUCAAAAGGGGGAGGCAGUGUGGGGAGAAAUGACAAGAAGAUAUUGGAACAUUAAUUUAGAAGAGAUGAUGGAAGCAGGAGUUCAUUUUGGCCAUGGUACUAGGAAAUGGAAUCCUAAAAUGGCACCUUAUAUCUCUGCAAAACGUAAAGGUAUUCAUAUUACAAAUCUUACUAGAACUGCUCGUUUUUUAUUAGAAGCUUGUGAUUUGGUUUUUGAUGCAGCAAGCAGAGGAAAACAAUUCUUAAUUGUUGGCACUAAAAAUAAAGAAGCUGAUUCAGUAGAAUGGGCUGCAAUAAGGGCUCGGUGUCAUUAUGUUAAUAAAAAAUGGCUCGGUGGUAUGUUAACGAAUUGGUCCACUACAGAAACAAGACUUCAUAAGUUUAGAGACUUGAGAACCGAACAAAAAACAGGGGGGCUCGACCGUCUUCCGAAAAGAGAUGCGGCUAUGUUGAAAAGACAAUUAUCUCAUUUGCAAACAUAUCUGGGUGGGAUUAAAUAUAUGACAGGGUUACCCGAUAUUGUAAUCAUCGUUGAUCAGCACGAAGAAUAUACGGCCCUUCAAGAAUGUAUCACGUUGGGAAUUCCAACAAUUUGUUUAAUCGACACAAAUUGUGACCCCGAUCUCGCAGAUAUUUCGAUUCCAGCCAAUGAUGACGCUAUAUCUUCAAUCCGAUUAAUUCUUAACAAAUUAGUAUUUGCAAUUUGUGAAGGCCGUUCUGGCUAUAUAAGAAAUCUGUGAUUAAUAAUAAGAUAA